AUGGGACACCACUCCAUUUGGGGGCCGUCAGACCAGCACCAGCGUCACAGCCCCACGCGGCCCCUCCCGGGGGUCCUGCCUUCUGCUGCUGCUGCUGCUGCUGCUGCCCAGGCCUGGCCACGGUGUGGGCCCCUGGGCCGCUGGAACUGGACAAGCCGUGGCGUGUUGACCCCUCCUGUCGGGGCAGGAGCCGUGGGGGGAACUCUGUGGAUCACAGUGGAGCUUGCACAGCCUGAAGGAGGGGUCGGGAGGGUGUGUGGCUUAGGGACCCAGCUCUGGGAUCACCGCCUGUCUGCGGGCUCCUGCCACGCCUGCCCGAGGACCGCCCUCCUCAGGCUGGGUCUCUGGCCUCCCCAGCUCCUGACCGGGGCCCGAGCCUCACCCCUCCUGCCUCCUCUGGUUCAGGGCUACGUCAAGCCAGGCUCAGCCUGUGAGUGA